AUGGUGAACACGGGCAUGCAGCUGAUCAGCUUCACCUGCGCGGUGACCGGCUGGAUCAUGGCGAUCGCCGUCACCGCUCUGCCUCAGUGGAAGGUCUCGGCCUUCAUCGGCAGCAACAUCCUCACCUCGGAGAUCAAGUGGGAGGGCAUCUGGAUGAACUGCAUCUACCAGACCACGGGUCACAUGCAGUGCAAGACGUAUGACUCCAUGCUGGCCCUGCCUCCGGACAUCCAGGCCGCCCGCGCCCUCAUGUGCCUCGCCAUCUUCAUGGGUUGGCUCUCCUGCACCGUGUCCUGCUGCGGCAUGAAGUGCACCACCUGCGCCGGGGACGACCGCCGAGCCAAGGCCGGCAUCGCGCUCUCCGGCGGCGUUCUCUUCAUCCUGACCGGCCUGUGCGUGCUCAUUCCCGUUUCCUGGACCGCCAACACUGUCGUCAAGGAUUUCUACAACCCCAACGUGCCCCUCAUGCACAAACGGGAGCUGGGUCAGGCCAUUUAUCUGGGCUGGGCGUCCGCUGUUAUCCUCAUGAUCAGCGGGGCUGUGCUGAGCAGCACCUGCCCCCUCAUGGAGCGAGGGGGCAGGUAUCGGAGGGGCUACAUAGGCCGGAGCUUUGCUAAUUCCCCGCCUUCAGCGCCGGAUCCGCCUAAACCCAUCACAUCCAACAGUCUACCCUUAAAGGAGUACGUAUAG